AUGUCGCGCUCAUACAGCCAGAUGUGUCCAAGUCGAUUCCCCUCACCAACACCAUCUCGUGAGACAAGCCCAGGGCCUUCUAUCAGACUUGAAAGUCCAUCUGUAUCGCCCCAGCAUCCUGUCCCUUCCCUGAACUUCACGGCAUCAGGAUCGUUCCGCAAGCGCCCUCGGAUUGCAGACUCGCAAAGUGAGCCGGUCGUACCCAGAAAUGACGACCAAGCUUCAUCUCCAUCACCGUCUUAUCUAUCGCCUGAAACACAUGCCACCAAUCGACGAAGAGCAUCUGAUCCGCUUCAAGGUAGCAUGCAGAGUCCCAACCCUGGGCAACGACGACGAAUUCGAGCAGUCAGCGCUCAAUCGGGUCGUCGGCCACGUUCUCCCCGUAUCGCACGACAGCCCAUCCUGCUAUCCACCUCUCAAUCUUCCCGUCUCAUCGACACUCAAUUGCGUGAAAAGCUCCGAGAAACCCUUACGCCUAAGGACGCCAUAGGCACCAUAGGCACCAUCUACACGUUCGAAAACCCAGACCGCCCCGAUCUCGGCGUCAAAAUCGGUCUUACGGAAUGCGCCGACUAUACCAAACGCAUUGAGUCGCAUCGCAAGCGUUGCAAAUUCGAGCCAGACGAGAUCGUUUUCCAGCACAAUGUGCAGAAUUGCUUCCGUACGGAGCAGCUCAUUCUGGCAGAAUUGAGCGAUCGCAGGAGGUAUUGGGAGUGCGAAGAAUGCAAGCCUGGGAAGACUAUAAGACAUGGAGAGUGGUCGCUUAUUAGCAGGGAAGAAGCGACCACGGCUGUGCAGAAGUGGACAAAGUUCAUGGAUGAACAGAAGCCGUAUGAUUGCAUGGGGAAUUUAACACCCUUGUGGUCCUAUCUUCUACACACACGUAAAUUCAAUGAAGGUGCCGAUCACGACGCGCGCAGGGAACAAUGGAACGCCAUCCUCGCUGCUCCGACAUACCGCGAGUACUGUGGCUUCAUGAUCGAUAGACUGGUCCGGACGUGGCGAGCACUCCACAGUACGAUUUUGCGUAUUUGGCCAUGGUGCAAGGCUUUCUUCUGGCAAAUGUCGACUUUGACAUAUGGAUUCGUGGCAUUGGUUGCGUUUCGGAAUGCUUUGGCAUCGAGUGCGUUCGCUCUGUUCUCGCUUUGUGCAUGUAUUAAGUGCACGUCCUGA